AUGGACAAGUAUUUGGAUGGUUUGCGAAGCAUGCGAUUAUAUCGCCAAGCUAAUACGUCACUCACUACUAUGGGCACACUGCAGUUCACGUUGGAAAAUGUAGCGAGCUAUACCAUGGAGUUAGAUGUGGGGGAUCGCCGGGGAUUCAGCACUUUCACUUUACGUGGAGUACCUGUUUUUCUUGUUGAUGCAUUUAAUUUCUUACGUCUGAAUGGUCUUAACGCUAGUGGAAUUUUUCGAAAGGAAGGGAAUAUUGGGCGACUUAGGUCUUUUUCGAUACAGACAUUUUUUGGAAGCGUAGUGCUACCAAAAGAUUGCACAACACAUGAUGUCUGUUCACUUAUUAAACGGUUUUUCCGAGAACUAAAAGUGCCUCUUUUUGCUCAGAUGCAAAGACAGUUGUUAGAUGUCGCAUGUCUUUUUGAUGGUGAGCAGCGUAUCACCAAAAUUCUAGAAGCAGUACGUAUGUUACCUGCUGAACAUCUCGCAACAUUGACUUUCCUUAUGCGUCAAUUGAAAUAUGUUAGUUCAUUUCGUAUUGUAAACGGAAUGGAAAAUCCUAAAUACUGGAUUUUGUUUGGAGACCGACAUGAGAGUCAUCAAAUGACCAUUGAAAAUAUUGCCUGUGUAUUUGCUCCAUCUUUGUUUCGAGACGAUCCGUCAUCACAUAUUAAACGGAAAAGAGAGUCAAAAGAAGAUUUGAUCUCAAAUAUAAGGAAUGAAAAUGAACUCCGUAUUUCGAUCAUCACUGAUCUGAUUGAUAACGCACAUAAAAUUGGAGUGCCACGUGAUUAUUAUCUUGCAUCACGCCGCCCUUCAGACGUUUCUCAAAAAAUUUUUAAAGGUAGAUUUAUGGGAGGGACUGGUAUACGUAGUGUCUCUGCCAAGCCAUCAUCCAGAACAGCAGCUUCUUCAGCAGUUAAAGUAAAACCUGCGACAAGAAAAGAAAUAGCAAUAGAAAAACAGCCUUCUGGAAAGCUUAAUGAACUUUACAAAUACAAAACAGCUCGGGAACGACGUUCAUCGUCUACUGUCCGUGAUUUUUUCUCCAAUAUAUCAAAUAGAGUUUUGCGUCGAGGAUUAUCUCCAGUUGCACCAGUUAGACGACGUUGCUCUGCAGGUGAUCUGACGGAUGAUGAAGCCAUGAGAGAAAAUUUAACCCGUUUAAACACUAAAAUGCCUAAAUCUCCUUCUAAUGGCCAUGAUAUUUCUGAUGCAUCUCAACAGAAGACUGCGAGUCCCAAAAUAAGAUUCGGAAACGAAGAGCUACUGACAAAUAAUAAUCUCGGCAACAAACAUCAUAGGGUAUCACCUACACUAGUUGAUGUAUCUCCACAAAAUGCUCGUUCGCCAACUACGAGAAAGGGUGAUUCAGUAAAUUCAACUACAUCUUCAAAGCAUCGUUCACGUCGGGAGUCUCCUCGUAAAUUUAAUACAGCCAAUUCGCGGAGCAGAACAAUAGAGAAACAUAAAAUCAUUAAAGAAUUAAAGGAUGCAAAUAUAAUGCCUGCUUCACCAGCUUUUGAACCCGUAGAAAUGAGCACUAAGCGUAUUGGCGAAGCAUUUUUAGAACGGAAAGAGGCAGCUGAUAAACUAGUAUCAAGAAUCGUUAAAAGAAAUACCUCUAAAAAGUUACUGCAAACAGUCAAAAUUGCUGACUCUUCCCACUCAUUCUUAGAAGGUUAUUCAGCUGAUAAAACCAGUGAUCGCAUUCGUCGUCGUCAUACUGCUCCAGUAAAAGCUAGUACACUUUUGAAGCGCAAUCAACCAAACACUGUGGCUAUGGGUUUGAAAGCUCCUCAGUAUCAUUUGAGAGAGAGGCGUUCAACGACGUUGAGUUUCAAGCCAAAUGGAACGGUGGAUUCAUUACCAAUUUUGGAUCACAAAAAGCGUCGUAGUGAGAGUUUGGGUAAAGACUCAUGCGACAAAUUUUCUGUCAGUGAUGAGGAAAAUAAUUCGUCAGAAACUCAGACUCUAAAUGCGGAAACAUUGCUGGAGCAGAAACGACGAAAAGAAGCGAGUGCUUCACGAGAAGCUCAAAAUACUCCGCAAGAAAUGCCGAUGUUAUCACUUUUGGAUGAUGUAACGAACGAAAUAAAUCGCCUUGAAAAAAAUUGUGAAGUUGCAUGUGAAUUGUUAAGAGAUGGAAGGAGCUCUCGACUAUCUUUUUCAGAUAUAAUUGGCAAGAAUCACGACUUGAAAGGCGUUUCAUCAGAAGAUGUGCCUCCAACGCCACCUGCUGUUUCUCCACCUAAAAACGAAAAUUCUUCUCAAACAGCACUUCUUUUUGCAUCAAAGAGGAUUUCAAACGAGUUUUCUUCACCAGACGCCGUAGAUAUCUCUAAACCUGUUAUGUAUUUACCGCUUAUGGAUGCUGGUGGUCAGUCAACAACUGUAUUUGUAAAAUCUCCACAACCUACUCUAACUACAGAAAUUUGCGAUAAGAAAUUGCAUUCAGCAACAUGCAAACCGGCAGUAAAACACGGAAUUACUGAUUUAACGUAUUGCAGUAAAAGCAAGGGUCCAGAAAAUCGAUUCGUUAAUUGUGGAGAGGAUUUUUCUAACUCUAAUGCGAUCAAAAUGCAACUCUUAAACGCAAGAAGUGAAGAUGAUAUAGUUGCGGGUCCUGCUUACAUACCACCUGGGUCACGUCCAAGUGUUCUAUCGAUAAAAUCUAAUAAUCGUGGUAUGGUAAGACAACGUGUUCAUCACUUCGCACGAUUGGAAAUUCAAGGAGCUAUUCUAGAACAGAACUCUAGAGCAGCGCAUCAAACGCAAAAAUCAGAAGACACAUCUUUCAAAAAGCCAUCUGCUCCUCCUGCUUCGCAUGGCCUGCAGUCAGUCACACGAAAAAAUGUUUCUCCUCGUGCUCGAGAGAUUGUUACCAGACAAGCUAAAAAAUUUGAAGCAUUAGCGGUAUCCGCUCGCAUGGAUUCGUUCUCCAAGAGUUUUCGUCCCUCAACGCGCAGCAAAUAUGUAAAGAUUAUGCAAAAGCAAAAUACUCCACGAACACCUCGUCGUAUAAGUGGAGAAAUGCGAAGUACUCGGCUUUCUCAAGCAAGACUUAAUAAAUCUCUUGGAAAGCUUGCGGUGAGUCUUUGUAAUCGAGGUUUGUCGGGUGUAACUUCGAAGGACUUGAAAAGCGAGACGUUUUCAUCGGUGGUUAAAUUUAUGGGAGGAGAAGAAUGCAGAAAAACUGUUCAAGAAUCAGGUUCAAAAUUUUUGCAUCCAAAUAAUUUGGAAUAUGCGGAUCCAUCAAGAAUAUCACAUUCGACGAAUGUAUCACAAAUUAUGGAGCAAUCAUCAUUUAAGUCUCCUCAACGUCGAUGUCUUGGUCAUUCUUUCUCGAUCUCAUCGUCGAUCACAGCACGAUCUCCGAAAAUUUACCAUUCUUCAUCGGCGCCAAGACGACCAAGGAAUCCAUUUAUGGAUGAUGCUACUGCUAGUAAUAGACCUGAUUCAGAUUUAUCAUGGAAAAAGAAAUAUAAUUGA